AUGUCACUGCUUCUCCUUCAGCUGUUAGUGCUCUCAUGUCUUGGAGCCACAGAGCAACAGGGAAAUUCACAGCAGAGGAAAAGCAGAAGGCCAUUCCAGCACUUUUCCUAUCUGGAUAAAAAUCUGCUUCAAAGGCAGAGUUUUCAUGAGCUAGUAAGGGAGAGCCCAGUAGGUGUUGAGGAAAUCCUGGGAGCACCAAGCUUUUUUGUAGCAAUUCCACAGACAGCAUCUGAAAGUGAGAAGAAAGAUGAGAAAAAAAUGUCCAGAUUCAUUCUUCCCAAUGCAGAACUCCAUGCAGGCCAAGACCUGAGAACAAGGGCAGCACCCAGAGAUAUCUCACCUGUGGAAAACUUCUCUCCACCCCAUUAUUCCAGUAAGAAGGAGGCUGAAUCUCCCUACAGAAAAGAUGCCAAGAAAUUCUGGGACCACUUCAUUUUAAAGAAAAAUUCAGCAUCUGAAGAGGUUGUCCUGCCAAUCAAGACCAAUGAAAUGCACCAAGAAAACUGCAGAACCCUGCCUUUUUCCCAGGGUGUUACUCAUAACAACUGUGAGAAGGUGAUCAUACAGAAUAAUCUGUGUUUUGGAAAAUGUAGUUCCUUUCAUGUUCCUGGUCCAGAAGAUCAUCUUUACACCUUUUGUUCUCACUGCUUGCCCAAAAAAUUCUCUGUGAAGCGCCUGGAUCUCAACUGCACUGGUUCUGUCCCAGUGGUCAAAGAAAUUAUGAUUGUAGAAGAGUGUAAAUGUGAGACUAAGAAGAUUAAAGACCCUGCAAUUGGAUCUCUACUGUCAGAUUUGCAUGCAAAAGUACAUGAGCACAAUUAA